GUCGUGGGCUCGAAGGCGCGCCCUUCCGCCGACAUCUUGGCUCAAGCUGUCCGACGAGCGUCAGCGGAAACAUCCGGGGAAUCGCGCGCACCUCGGCGGCCAUUGCGGCUCGGCGUGCGGCAGCUUCAUAAACUUGAGAAGGCGGAGCGUUUGCGCGUUGUACUGGAGUAGCAGCGGAGCAGGAGGAGAGGCGCCGAGGCAACGGAGAGCUGCAGAAAACCGUUACACGGCAGCGCUGCUUUACCUCACCGCUCUAACGGGAGAUCAGGGCGUGUACCGGCGCGUCUAACGGACAAUGAUGAACGCGGUCGGACGGGAACCGGAGCGGCGGCGGCGUUGAGCGCGUUUUUUAUGUUUGAGGCGGAUCGGCGGGAUCUCGAGCGUUUGGGCGCACCAGCGCGUUUUUUUCUCGGUUGCUCGCGUCACAUUGACAUUUAUUAAUUAAAGCGGCAUUUUCCCGGAGCGUUGAUUUUCCCUGACAUCAUCAUCAUCGUCGCUCGGUGUGAACGGACAUCUUCGGUGGUCGUCGACGGGAAUCCGGGGGAUUUACAGGAUCCCGGUGUCGCCGCUCGGAUUCUGACGUUCGCGGCGCGUUUCUGAGGGAAAGCGGAUCUGUCGGCGGGAGUAACGGUAACGUUAUGGCUGACGACGACGUGCUGUUCGAGGAUGUGUACGAGCUCUGCGAGGUGAUCGGGAAGGGUCCGUUCAGUGUGGUGCGAAGAUGCAUCAACAGAGACACUGGACAGCAGUUCGCUGUGAAGAUUGUAGAUGUGGCCAGUUUCACGUCCAGCCCUGGACUCAGUACAGAGGAUCUGAAGCGGGAGGCGAGUAUCUGUCACAUGCUCAAACAUCCUCACAUCGUGGAGCUGCUGGAGACCUACAGCUCCGAUGGGAUGCUCUACAUGGUCUUUGAGUUUAUGGAUGGAGCCGAUCUGUGCUUCGAGAUCGUGAAGAGGGCUGAUGCUGGCUUUGUCUACAGCGAGGCGGUGGCCAGUCACUACAUGCGGCAGAUACUUGAAGCUCUGCGCUACUGCCACGAUAACAACGUCAUACACCGAGACGUCAAGCCUCACUGUGUGCUGCUGGCCUCUAAGGAGAACUCUGCUCCUGUUAAACUGGGCGGCUUCGGCGUGGCGAUUCAGCUGGGCGAGUCAGGCCUGGUGGCUGGAGGUCGGGUAGGGACCCCUCACUUCAUGGCUCCUGAAGUGGUCAAGCGAGAGCCGUACGGGAAGCCGGUGGAUGUUUGGGGUUGCGGGGUCAUUCUCUUCAUCCUGUUGAGCGGCUGUUUGCCUUUUUACGGCACCAAGGAGCGUCUGUUUGAAGCCAUCGUGAAAGGAAAGUACAAGAUGAACCCGCGGCAGUGGAGUCAGAUCUCUGAGAGCGCUAAAGACCUGGUGCGACGCAUGCUAAUGCUGGACCCGGCCGAGAGAAUCACCGUCUAUGAGGCGCUCAACCAUCCCUGGCUCAAGGAGAGAGAUCGCUACUCGUACAAGAUCCACCUGCCCGAGACGGUGGAGCAGCUGAGGAAGUUCAACUCUCGGAGGAAACUGAAGGGCGCCGUCCUCGCUGCCGUCUCGAGUCACAAGUUCAACUCGUUCUACGGCGACCCUCCUGAAGACCUCCACGAUUUCUCAGAGGACCCCAUGUCUUCAGGAUUGCUUGCUGCAGAAAGGGCCGUGUCUCAGGUUCUGGACAGUCUGGAGGAGAUCCAUGCGCUGACCGACUGCAGAACUGAACUGUGUGUGUUUCAGCUCUACGAUAAGAUUAACACCCGCUCGUCGCCCCAGAUCAGGAAUCCGGCCAGCGAUGCCGUCCAGAGAGCCAAAGAGGUGUUGGAGACGCUCUCCUGUUAUCCUGAGAACAUGGAGGCAAAAGAGCUGAAGAGAAUCCUGACACAGCCGCAUUUCAUGGCGCUGCUGCAGACGCACGAUGUUGUGGCUCAUGAGGUUUACAGCGACGAGGCGCUGCGAGUGACUCCUCCACCCACGUCCCCUUACCUCAACGGAGACUCGCCCGAGAGCGUCAACGGAGACAUGGACCUGGAGAACGUCACACGUGUGCGCCUGGUGCAGUUCCAGAAGAACACGGACGAGCCCAUGGGCAUCACUCUGAAGAUGAACGAACUGAACCACUGCAUCGUGGCUAGAAUCAUGCACGGCGGGAUGAUCCACAGACAGGGGACGCUGCACAUCGGAGACGAGAUUCGUGAAAUCAACGGCAUCAGUGUCGCCAAUCAGACGGUGGAGCAGCUCCAGAAGAUGCUGCGGGAGAUGCGAGGCAGCAUCACCUUCAAAAUUGUGCCCAGUUACCGCAGUCAGUCUCUGUCCUGUGAUAAAGAUUCCCCUGAUCUGCCCAGACAGUCUCCUGCAAACGGCCACUCCAGCGUCACCAGCUCCAUCUUAAUUUACGUUCGAGCGCAGUUCGAGUACGAUCCUGCUAAAGACGACCUGAUUCCCUGUAAAGAGGCUGGCGUUCGUUUCCGGGUGGGUGACAUCAUCCAGAUCAUCAGUAAGGACGAUCAUAACUGGUGGCAGGGCAAACUGGAGAACACCAAGAACGGCACGGCGGGCCUCAUUCCCUCGCCGGAGCUGCAGGAGUGGCGCGUGGCGUGUAUAGCGAUGGAGAAGACCAAGCAGGAGCAGCAGGCCAGCUGUACAUGGUUCAGCAAGAAGAAGAAACAGUAUAAAGACAAAUACUUAGCCAAACACAACGCAGAUCUGGUGACGUAUGAAGAGGUGGUGAAGCUGCAGGCGUUCAAGAGGAAAACGCUGGUGCUGCUGGGAGCUCACGGCGUCGGCCGAAGACACAUCAAGAACACUCUCAUCGCAAAACAUCCCGACAGAUUCGCGUAUCCCAUCCCACGUAAGAGACGCGCAUCACACCUGAUGCAGCUCGCCAUGAACCGCCCAUCACUGACUGCUCGCUCUCUCUCUCCCUUAUGA